CAAGUUCAGUCGCAUUGCUCACAGUCCCUCGUCAUUCCGUCAACACCACGGACGGCAAUUGUGGUGUCGAAAACACACCCCCCGACACCCCCGACUCCCACGAUUGGCCUGAUCCUGACCUCAAUACCGCUCGCACUCGAUUCGCUCUAUCCUGUCCCUUCCGGAUUGCCCUAUCGCAAACACCACCACCACCAAAACAUCUCCCGGCUCACCGAAAUCACCGCCGGCUCAGCCCACUCAAAAGUUCACAACAUGUUGACAGCAAUCGGCCGCGCCGCCGCCCAGCGCCUGCUCCUCCGCACCGCCCCAUUGGCAGUCCCGCGAACCCAGCUCGCCGUCGCGCGCGCAGCGUCUUGCCGCGGCUUCUCGACCUCGCAAUGGGCGCGCAUGCCCGCCACCAAGGCGCCGACAACCACGACCAAGGCAAAGAAGACCACGGCCGCCAAAACGGAGUCCGCCACCAAGGCCAAGAAGCCCGCCGCUAAGAAGCCCAAGGCGAAGAAGAAGGUUGCCGUGAAGAAGGCUGCGCCCAAGAAGCGGGUUAAGAAGGUGCUCACACCCGAGCAGCAGCAGAAGCUCAAGGUGCGGGAGUGGAAGAAGGCGGCACUGCUGGAGGAGCCGAAGAAGCUCCCGACGAACGCAUGGCUAGUGUACAGUACGCAACAGUUUGCUGCGGAGCCGAACUCAGACUUGCCCCUGAGCGACCGGAUCAAGGGCUUUGCCGAGUCUUUCAAGAAUCUGUCCUCAUAUGACGCCCAGCGUCUCGAAGAGACUGUCGAAGCGAACAAGCUGACCAACAACGCGGCCUACAAGUCGUGGGUUGAGACGCUUCAGCCGACGGCUGUGGUCGAGGCCAACCGCGCCCGCGCGAGGCUCCGCAACAUCAGCGGCAAGCAAAACCCGCGCACCAUCCGCGACGAACGUAUCCCCAAGAGGCCUCACAACGCCUACGCGCUCUUUGUCAAGGCGCGUUUUGCCAGCGGCGACUACUCCUUUGGCGAAGGGAAGGCGAGGGAGGCCCUGACAGCCGUUAGCAGCGAGUGGAAGCAGCUCUCCCCGCCCGAGAAGGUUGCGUACGAGGAGCUUGCCAAGGCGGACUCUGACCGGUGGGAGCGCGAGUCGCUGGAGAUCUUGGGCCAUGUUGCCAAGCGUAGCCCUUCCCCCGAGUAAGGAGAUUCACUCAGUUCAUGCCACAAGCCUGAACAAUAGUCCCUUUCUUUUUCCCCCCUUGAGAAAAUGAAUUCCCCCGCGGCGUCGAGUGUCAAAAAGUAGGAUGUGCCUGAGCGAGUUCAGCAGAGCGAUGAAACGUGUACGAGGAGGAGGAAGUCAGGAAGAGAUGGGUUUGCUUACUGGUUUUCCUUAUUCUGUACAGAGUAGGAAUUGCUGGAGGGAUCGGGUCGAUGUUCCAUAGCUGUAUUU